GCAUUUAUGUAUUUCAUUCUACAAAUUGGUAACUAUUUUUUUCCCCUCUGUUCCAGAUUGCUGCCUGUUGGAGACGGAUAGGAGGAUGGCAGAAGAAGGAGGACAUGGGGAAAGAGAUGAGGGAGAAGAAUCUCAACUGAGACUGCGGUUAAAGAGGAAACUUCAGCGCAACAGAACCAGCUUCACAACAGAGCAGAUCGAGGCCUUGGAUAAAGAGUUUGAGAGAACACAUUAUCCAGAUGUUUUCGCACGGGAGCGACUCGCAAACAAAAUUGACCUUCCGGAGGCAAGGAUACAAGUGUGGUUUUCCAAUCGAAGAGCCAAAUGGAGGCGCGAGGAGAAGCUGCAAAACCAGAGGCGGUCUGGGGGCGGGACUUCCUGUUCACAAACACACGCUUCACUGAGCACAUCCUUUAACUCAGCUGUCUAUCAUCAUCCGCAUGGCAACAGUGCAGGUGGGAACGUUUCUCCAAAUCUGCUUUGUUGA